AUGCCUAAGCUCGUGGCGAAGUCGAACAUGGCCAAGCACCGCAAAAACAAGGACAAAAUCCUCCAGAAGCUACAGGAAAAGCGCGUGUACGACCAAUUCCGCCACCUGGAGCUUACUGAGCGCGAGGCUCAGGGCGUGGAGGUUGAGAAAAUGGAGAAAACGGCUUGGACGCCAUUACCCAAAACAAAGGACGCCGAGGAUCUGAUCUAUGGUGUCAGUUUGGAUCCGAACCUAUUUGCCCAUUUCCUCGCGGAGCUGAAGGCACGUCGCAAGGCAAAGCACGGCCGCGGUCCGUCGAUGAUUUCUCCUAGAGAGCUCUACCGGGUGGCGAUUUUCGUUCUUCACCCCGACAAGCUUCGCGGCCAAAUCAGCAAAUUUGGAGAUGAGACCGAUAAGUUGAUGAACUACUGGAGCACGACGGCUAAGGCUUUCACCGUGUUUGGGAAUGGACUUACGGAGGACACCGAGAUGAGGCCUCAAAUCGAACUUGACGCAAUGACGGAUGUUGAGUACCGACUUCCUCCGCUUGUAGUGGACAACCUCAUAUAA